AGUCAGCGCCGAGCAAGCAAAACAAUCCCGGGACCACCGCAAACAGUAUCAAUCGAACGGUCAUCCGCGACUAAACCUCUCUUCCGCGAUAUGAAUUUCACCACCACCGGUGACGAUUGGCCUAAAAACGGCACAAUAAUCCCCGAUCCCGACAACGAAACCUUCCCCCAGUUCGACUGCGACAGUUCGUCAUACAUUCCGCAGGGGAUCGCGUCCCUACGGUUCCAGAUCCUGAUUUGCCUCGCCUACAGUGCGAUCUUCCUGGUCUCGGUCGUCGGCAACGUCGCCGUGUUUCUCGUAGUGCACUCGCUUCCCCGCAUGAACACCGUCACCAAUCUGUUCAUCGCGAACCUCGCCCUCGGCGACAUGCUGAUGGCCAUCUUCUGCAUCCCGUUCUCGUUCGUGUCCAUCUUCGUCCUGCAGUACUGGCCCUUCGGUGCCAUCAUCUGCCGGGUUGUCAACUACUCCCAAGCGAUUUCGGUUCUGGUCAGCGCCUACACCAUGAUCGCGAUCAGUGCCGACCGUUACCUGGCGAUCAUGUGGCCUCUGAAGCCUCGGGUCACCAAACGCCUGGCCCGCAUCAUCAUCGUGCUCGUCUGGGCGGGAGCCCUCGCAACCGCAGCACCCAUCCCCGUGUUCUCCACCCUGAUCCAACCGACCGAAUUCUACGACCAGUGCGACCUUUCGAUCUGCACCGAGGUCUGGCCCGACGACCAUUCCGACCACAGCUACUCGAUCACGCUGAUGACGCUGCAGUUCGUGGCCCCUUUAAUCGUGCUGAUCGUCACCUACGUGCAGAUCGCCUACAAGGUCUGGGCCAAGACGCCUCCCGGUGAAUCGGUCAAGCAGCGCGACCAGCGCAUUCUGCACUCGAAGCGCAAGAUGAUCAAAAUGAUGAUCACCGUGGUGGCGGUGUUCACCGUCUGCUGGCUGCCGUUCAACAUCUUCAUGCUGGUCCCGCUGGAUCCGGACUGGCGCCCGCUGCCCUACCUGUGGUUCGCGUUCCACUGGCUGGCGAUGUCGCACAGCUGCUACAAUCCGAUCAUCUACUGCUACAUGAACGUGAAGUUCCGGCAGGGGUUCCGCCGGCUGUGGGAGGUGAUCCGGCGGAACUGUUGCUGCUGCUGCUGUGGGAUGAGGCCGCAAAGACGGAGAAGUGAUGUGAGUACCAGUACGGAGAUGAUGCAGCUGUUUCCGAGUACGACGCUGAUGACGACGGUGGCGAGUAGUGGCGGCGCUGGAAGUCGGGAGUGGGGUCAGAAGGGGUUGUGAAAGAAAUGAAAGUUGAAUAAAA